AUCAUGACACAUCUUCAACACAAGGAAAAGCUUCCUCUUGGGAAGCGUUUUAUUUGCUAACAUUGGGGAGAGAGAGGCUCCUGCUUCGGGUUGGCAUUUUGAGAAGUAUUUGGGUCGAUCCGGCUCGGCGAACGUCGACACGGAAGGAUACAAAAUUAUAACAAUAACUGAGCUGCAGCUAGCUUUGUAGUCCAGGAGCUCGCUAAAGGCAAGCUAGUGCGCGCUAACGCUAGCUAACUGAGGAGACCUAAUCCGCAGCGUCUGGAGAGUUAUAUUCACCAAAGACAGCAGCUGACACGGGUGUUAGUUGAUGUUACAUCUACAGGAUGUGGUGCAGAGUAGCAGCGCAAGCAGCGAGUCUGUAGACAUCCUCAGUAGAAAUUACGGGCCACAGGCAGACAUGAACACGUCCUUCGCAUGGUUUCCCGUCGAUUGCACCUGGAGUGGGAGGCCUUUGUGAAAAAGCAGAGAGGUGGAAGGGGUCCACGUGGACUGUAAACAAGAGUCAUGAAUCUUCAUCAAGUCCUCACGGGGGCCGUCAACCCUGGUGACAAUUGUUUCUCUGUGGGAAGUGUCAACAAUGUGCCAUUCACGGCCUACGCUUCAGGGUGUGACGUGGUGAUUUUGGGCAGUGAUUUUGAGCGGCUGCAGAUCAUCCCGGGGGCCAAACAUGGCAACAUCCAGGUCGGCUGUGUGGACUGCUCACUGCAGGGGGGACAGAUUGCAGCUUCCUAUGGAAGCAUCGUGUGUGUCUUUGAGCCCGUUCAGCACCCAGAUCAAAAAGACACAUCGCUGACUAAAUUGAGCUGCCAGUGGCAGAAGACGGGUCAGUUUGUGUUGCAGUCGAUGGUACGGAACCUGGCCUGGCACCCCACAGGCGGCAUGCUCCUAACAGGCUCUACCAGCCUCCAGUUGUGGUCGAAUGUUGAUGUGGCAAAGGAUGAAGCUGAAGAACGGGGGAAGCAGACAGAAACGACCCCAAGAGAUUCUCAGGCUGCCUGGAGGUGCAUCUGGCAGAGCAAGACGGCUUCUCCAGUCAGUUUAAUGAAGUUCUCUCCUGACGGUGAAUUCUUUGCUACUGCUGGGCUGGACGACUGCCUCGUCAAGGUGUGGUACAGCACCAGUAAGUGGAAGUCGGGCGUUUCCAGGCUCUUCACACCUCCAGAGCCCGGUAUGAGUGUCCAAGGAGAGCUGGCCUUUUCCUUCGUCUACCUGGCCCAUCCACGUUCUGUUACAGGUUUCUCCUGGAGGAAAACCAGCAAGUACAUGCCAAGAGGUGCAGUGUGUAAUGUCCUGCUCACCUGCUGUAAGGACAGCGUGUGUCGGCUCUGGGCAGAGACGCUGUUGCCAGGUGACAGCCUCCUCUCUGGUCACUAUGACAGCUUGAUUUCCGGACAACCCGGCGAAACGCUCAGAUGUGCCGGGCCCCCGAGGCAAAACAGCUGCAAUGGGAAGAUGCAAGGACGGACAUCACAAGACUUGAAUUUUCAAGAAUCGUGGCAUUCCUCCUACAACCGGGACGUGCCCGUUCCGUCUCUGACCGGCUGCCUGCCUCACCAUCAGAGCCGGCACAAUAACCACAAGACGAGCGGCAACAGCUUGCCCCACGCCAACGCCCUCUGCCACUUCCACAUCGCUGCCAGCAUCAACCCUGCAACAGACAUUCCUUUGCUACCCUCCAUCUCCUCCCUGAGUGCUGUGGAUGACGAGGAGCCGGGCGGCCCAUUCACCGUCCACUGGCUGAACAACAAAGAGCUUCACUUCACUUUAGCCAUGGAAGUCUUCCUGCAGCCGCUCAGAAGCAGCCUGGACCAACAGAACGAAUGCUCCAGCGAAGAAGCCGAAGAUGAAGAUAACUUUGAGGAAGACAACGGUAGCAGGCCAAGGGAUGCACAAGGGCUUGAAGCUGCAGAGCUUCCCGUGGCUGCGGUGGAGCACCAGGUGGAUGUGCUGUUAGAGGAGUGGAAUAAAGGGGCUGACAUGCUGUUCAGUAUACACCCCAUGGAUGGCUCUUUGUUAGUCUGGCAUGUGGACUGGCUAGAUGAAUACCAGCCAGGGAUGUUCAGGCAAGCCCAGGUAUCGUUUGUGUCCCGUAUCCCCGUAGCAUUCCCCACAGGCGACGCCAUCUCCCUGAGCCACAGCGUGGUUAUGUACGCCUGCAAUAAGAACGUGGAUCUGGCUAUCCAACACGGCAGACAGCGGCCUCCUGGGAACGCGUUGUCGCAGACCAAAUCUGCUCUAAUAAGCUACGGGGGUCAGGGAAAAGCCGCGCCCAGCAGCAGCCUUCGACUGAGCAUUUUCACCCCCAACGUCCUCAUGAUCUCCAAACACGCCGACGGCUCUCUGAACCAGUGGGCGGUCAGCUUUGCCGAAGACUCGGCUUUCUCCACCGUGCUCAGCGUGUCUCACAAGUCCCGGUACUGUGGCCACCGCUUCCACCUCAAUGACCUGGCCUGUCACUCGUUACUCCCUCUCCUCCUCACCACCUCGCACCACAAUGCCUUGAGGACGCCAGAGGCGGACAGUAUCCUAGCGCCUCCGGAGGCCUGCUCCUCUGGCUUCUUUCCUUCCUCGUCCCUGGGCCGUGGGUCGCGGCCCAGCCGGGUGUCCCUGGGUGCGGUUUCCCAGGACCCCAACGCCAUCUACAGCGAGCUGAUUUUGUGGAGAGUGGACCCCGUCGGCCCGCUGUCUCUGUCGGGCGGGGUCUCCGAGCUAGCUAGAAUCAAUUCUCUCCACGCUUCAGCGUUCGCUAAUGUAGCCUGGUUGCCCACGCUCAUUCCCAGCAGCUGUUUAGGUGCGUACUGUAACUCCCCCAGCGCCUGCUUCGUGGCAAGUGACGGCCAGUCACUCAGGCUCUAUCAGGCUGUUAUUGAAGCUAAGAAGCUGCUGAGUGAGCUCUCCAAUCCUGAAAUAUCAAAAUAUGUUGGAGAAGUGUUCAACAUCAUCAGCCAGCAGUCCACAGCUAAACCAGGGUGUAUUAUAGAGCUGGAUUCCAUAACGGACUUUCAGGGGAAGGAGACCCAGCUCCUGCAUGUUUUUGAAGAGGAUCUGAUCCUCGGCAGCGAGAGAACAGAGAGCGCACAGGAAACUCCUGAUUCUCCUCGUAAUGCCUCUCCAGCGCCAACCUUCUCGGCUCGUUUUUUUCUGGUGGUGGUGGAAUUAACCCCGACGGGCCGCUCACUCCUCCACAUGUGGCAUCUCCACCUCGCUGCUCAGCCCGUCACCAUGGAGGAAACCACGACGCAGAAGGAUCUGAACAACUCCCAAUCCCAAUUUAUCUUCGACACCCUCAGUUCCCCAAUAACUCAGAAGAGUAAACCCUGCACUUCCAACCUGCAGAGCGCCUGUCGCCUCAGCCUCUCGACACACAGGCUCUACAGCCAAGAGAUGGCUCUUCCAGAAGGCGUGGAAGCCGUCAGUGUUACUCCCUCGGCAGGUCACUUGAGCGCAUCGUGUUCGCUGCCUGCCGACCGCGUGCCUUACCUCCUUGCCACUUCCUGCUCCGAUGGAAAGGUGCGCUUCUGGAAGUGUAACGUCGUUGCGACGCAGCCCUCCGGUAUGGACAACUUGGAGUACCAGUGGGAGGAGUGGCAUCUCCUGGUGGAGGAAAGGCUUCCCAGCAGCAGUGCGGUAAGCGUGCCAGGUCGCCCCAUAGAGGUGAGCUGCUGUCACACCGGACGGAUUGCGGUUGCCUACAGGCAGAUGCCAAACACACCUCUGAACUCCUCGCCUCACCUGAGCUCUCACGGGCUGCUCACGUCUCCUCCCGCUUUGUCAUCCUCUCCUUAUGUAAGUUAUAACAACACCAACACGCACCUGACCCCGAGCCUAACCGUACAGCACAGCCCCAACCUCAGCCUGAGCCCCAACCCACCAAACACUAGAGAACCUCUGGUUCACAUUGGCAUUUUCCAGUGCGAGUCCACCGGUGGCUCACAGUGGAUCCUAGAGCAGACCAUAGUGUUGGACGGCACGGAUCCUGCAGCUAACUACGCCGUUAGCAGUAGUUUGACUGGAAGCGCCAGUAUUCCCAAUAACAUGGACUUCUCUAUACCUAACGAGAACUGUCUUGGUUCCACCACUAAGAGCUUGGUACACUUGGACUGGGUCUCCCAAGAGGACGGGUCACACGUUCUCACUGUUGGUAUUGGGACAAAGAUUUAUAUGUAUGGCCGUCUAUCUGGGAAACCUCCAGAACUGGGCAUGUCCUCCGACGCCAGUAGAGACCAAAGCAUGUCUCGCCUAGUUCUGCUUCGAUCGGUCAACCUGGUGUCCUCCGUUGAGGGCUCGUUGCCUAUCCCGGUCUCCCUCUCCUGGGUACGAGAUGGGAUCUUGGUGGUAGGCAUGGACUGUGAGAUGCACGUCUACUCUCAGUGGCAGCCCCCCACUCCGCCCAAGCCCGGCAUCACGGUCGGCCAAGACGCCGACAUCGGCAGCAGCUUUUCCUCCAUCAUUUCAGCCGUCAGGCAGGAGGAGGGGCUCAGCUCCGGGGCCCCGACGUCUUCGCUGGCUCCUCCGAAAAAGGCCCUGACCAGAUCGAUGAUGAGCCUGGCUCAGAAACUCAGCGGGAAGAGAACGGCUUAUGACCUACCAGUAGAGAUGGAGGACUCAGGACUGUUUGAAGCUGCUCACCAACUGUUUCCCACUCUACCCCAGUACCAUCCUGUACAGUUACUGGAGCUUAUGGACCUUGGGAAGGUUCACCGUGCCAAAGCCAUCCUCUCCCACCUGGUCAAGUGCAUUGCUGGAGAAAUUGUGGCCCUCAAAGACAGCAGCAGCAAUGCAGAGAAACGUGUGCGCUCUCGAACCAUCAGCGCUGGAGGCAGCACGGCCAGGGACCCAAAGAUGUUCAGCAAAUCGGAGAAGUCCUCGCUUGACUACACGGAGAUCAGCUCCGUCCCUCCCCUGCCCCUGUACGCCCUCCUUGCCGCUGAUGAGGAUACACCAAAACCUGAUAAAGUCGGCAGCGUGAGUGGCGAUAGUGGGCACGGUUCCAGUCACACAGAUGCUUAUGAUGAGCUCUUUCACACGCCCAACAUUGUGGACCUGGACCCUCUGGACAGUGAUCAGGAGGAAACCGGGAAUAAGGUUAUAGACCUGUCACAGUACAGUCCAACGUAUUUUGGCCCAGAACACGCCCAGGUUCUGUCCAGCCACCUCCUCCACUCCAGUUUGCCAGGAUUAACUCGAAUGGAGCAGAUGUCUCUCAUGGCUCUGGCCGACACCAUUGCUACCACAAGCACAGACCUCAAAGACAUCCAGGGCAAGAGCAAAGGGGGAGAGACGCUGGAUGAGUGUGGCUUGAAGUUCUUGCUGGCUGUCAGACUCCAUACCUUCCUCUCGACCUCUCUGCCUCCAGCACACAGAGCACAGCUGCUACGUCAAGGCCUGUCAACGUGUCACUAUGCCUGGGCCUUCCACUCUGAAGCUGAGGAGGAGCUGCUGAACAUGCUACCUGCCCUGCAGAAGGGAGAGCCCACCUGGCCCGAGUUGCGCUCUAUGGGCGUAGGUUGGUGGCUGCGCAGCACCAACAAGCUACGCAGGUGCAUCGAGAAGGUUGCCAAGGCUUCUUUUCAGAGAAACAAUGAUCCUCUGGAUGCAGCUAUAUUUUACCUUGCACUGAAAAAGAAGGCAGUGGUUUGGGGAUUGUACAGGUCUCAGAAGAACGCUAAAAUGACAGAGUUUUUCCGCAACAACUUCAGCGAGGAUCGGUGGAGGAAAGCAGCGCUGAAAAAUGCGUUUUCUCUGUUGGGAAAGCAGCGGUUCCAGCAUUCUGCAGCCUUCUUUCUUCUCGCCGGCUCCCUUAAGGAUGCUGUGGAGGUAUGCUUAGAAAAAAUGCAGGACCUGCAGCUGGCGCUUGUGAUCUCCAGAUUGUAUGAGUCAGAGUUUGAGACGGCAUCCACCUACAAAAAGAUCCUCCAGAGACACGUUUUGGGACAAGACAAACAGAUUCCAGCCCACCAGGACCCGUUCCUGCGGAGCGUGGCUCAUUGGGUCCUGGAGGACUACAGUAAAGCUUUAGACACUCUACUUGAGCAGUCUACUAACAGCUCCAGGUCCACUGAGAGCAAAGCUGAUGCUGGUUCCUCUUUUGUGUCUACAUGCAACCCUGAGGUUUUCAACUUUUACAUCUACCUCCGCACGCACCCGCUCCUCCUCCGCCGACAUUUCGGCUCUUCGGACAAAGCCAAAGUCGGCCUGACGGCCGAGGGUCGCAGGGCUGACUCCAUCAGCCUGGACGAGAGACGGCUGUUUUUCACCGCGGCGUACGCUCACCUGCACGCUGGCUGCCCCAUGCUGGCGCUCGAAGUCCUCUCCAAGAUGCCCAAAGUCCGCAAACAUUCCAAGCUCCCCAGCCAGGGGGAUACAGGCAUCACUGCAGAGCUCAGCGUUGGGAGCGGCACCGGACGGGCGUCGGACCCGGACUGGUCGCAGCCGGCUCUGAACGGCUACGAGUCAGACGGAAACAGCCUGUCCAACAGCCAGUCAGAUUCAGUAUUGAGCUUUGACUGGAGCCAGCCGUCCCUGACGCUUCCGGACGAGCCCCUGGAGCUGAAGUGGGACAGCGACAAAGACGACGAAGACGUCGACGAGGACGAAGAAGAAACCAAAAACGACAAGAGUGGUAGAACUGCGGACAGCGGCAGCGUGUUCCAGGACACGCAGGACGCCAUGUCGACGCUGACGGAGGCCGGGACGGUAGAGGACGGCGAUGAUUUCAUCGCACCAACUGGUGACAUCUUGGUGGCCCAGCUGAAGUUCACCGCCUGUUUGAAGAUCAUGACCAAUGAGCUCCGGACGCUGUCAACAGGGUAUGAACUGGACGGAGGGAAACUGCGCUACCAGCUCUACCAGUGGUUAGAAAGAGAGGUGGUGGCUCUUCAGCGCUGCUGCAGCUAUAAGCCUUGCCUGCCAGAGCUGUCUGUCCAGGGUGAUUCUGGGCUGGUGGAGGAGGAACAGCCCAGGAGUCCCAGUGGUGACAGCCAGCGGAGCAGGAGACACUGGCUGCAAAGUAACCAGCCUUUACUGAGGAUGUUCCUCAGCUACUGCAGCUUGCACGGCUCCCACGGCGGAGGACUGGCUUCGGUGCGCAUGGAGCUCAUACUGCUGCUCCAAGAGUCUCACCAGGACGACUCCAUCCAGUCGGGCGUGACUCUGAGCUCUCAGCCCACCUCUAUCCCUCUUCUGAUGGCCUGCACAGCCAACGUGAAGACCGUGGUGGCCAAUCCCAUCGUCUACCUGACCAACCUGACUCACGACAUCUUGCAGACCAUCAAUGCACUGGACUCUCCUCCGCAUCCCGAUGUUGUGAACAACGAGAUCUAUGUGUUGCACACACUGGCUGCCUCCUUGUCUGCUUGCAUAUACCAGUGUCUGUGUGAUGGACACACCUAUAGCCACGUGAACAAUUUCACAGGGACUGUGUAUCAGAGUGUUUUGCUGUCUCAGAAGCAGCCGCUCAAAACCGUCAGCAUGGACGAAUCUGUUCAGCCCAACACGUCUCCUGCACAGUGGCCGGGUAUUGCUUCGCUGGUCCGCCUGUUGAGCUCAGCGGGCGAGGAGAGCCAGCCGGGCUUAGCUGUGCUCCUCUGUGAGAUCCUGACGGCUGUCUUCCUCAGUCUGUUUGUUCACGGCAUGGCCACUCACUCCAGCAACGAGCUGUUUCGCAUCGUGGCUCACCCACUCAACGGCAAGCUCUGGGUGACAGUGUUCGGAGGAGGCGCUCGCACCCCUGUCAUCGAGAAACCCAGCAGCCCGGCAAGAACCCCCCCGCCAGCUUCACCGUGCGGCUCAGACAGGAAGUCCAGGCGGUUCAGGCUUCUCUCGUCACGCAGCGCUUCUAAGGAUAAGGACGAGUCUGGGAUAGAGCGGGAGGGGCCGUCCAGCCCUAAGCACGUCCCCGUCGUGGAACAGGAAGCCGCCUCCAUUUUUAAAGAGCGGUUCGUCCCUCCGGAGCUCAGCAUUUGGGAUUAUUUCAUCGCCAAGCCUUUACUUCCACCAUCGGAAAGCAGAAUUGAAUACGACUCAGAGGAGAGCCAGGGCAGCCAAGAUGAGGACGAUGACGACAAUGAAUACGAAGAUGUGUUUGACCCCAACUCUCCGCAAAGGGAGCAUUCCAACCACAAUUCGUACAGUUGGUGUUUGAUGCGUCUGGCCAUGGUUCAGCUGGUGCUGACCAACCUCAAGUCCUUCUACCCGAUGGCAGGAUAUGAUCUUUUAGAUCUUCCCGUGGGCUCCCCUCUGUGCCACACUGUGCUGAAGACGCUGCAGCGCUGGGAACAGGUGCUGCAGAAAAGGCUGGAGAUCUUCGGGGGCCCCCCUUCCAAGUACAUCUCCACCCACCUCCACGAUGACGUGUCCACACCUGGUCCCGCGCUGCUCAGGCACAAGGCCUUGUUUGAGCCAUCCAACACCCCGUUCAGGACUAGCCACCACUCAGCGCUGCCAGUGAAACGUUUGUGGCAGUUUCUGGUCAAGCAGGAAGAGGUGCAGGAGACCUUCAUUAGAAACAUCUUCACCAAGAAACCCGGCACAAACCAGUCGGUUGAGGACCGGGUGGAUAAUAUGAAAUGUUCAGGGAUGGACGAGACAGGAAACAAUCAGACCGAGUCGGAUCUGGGCAGCCCUGGAGGAAAAGCGCGCAUCAUCCACAAGGAGUCUGACAUCAUCACAGCCUUUGCCAUCAACAAGGCGAAUCGUAAUUGUUUAGUCAUGGCCUCCACCCAUGACAUUCAGGAGUUGGAUGUGUCAUCCAUCUUGGCCACACAGAUCUUGACAUGGAUUGAUGAUGAUGAGGCAGAAGGCAAAGGCGCCGGCGGCGACGACUUCCUGGUGAUCCACACGCGCGACGACUUCGCCGCCCUCCACGGCACCACGCCGUACACCCACAGUACCCCCGGCACGCCCAUCAACGUGCCCUGGCUGGGAGGCCUGCAGACGGGCAGGGGUGCAGCUGUGAUGAUCAAGCGAAAUAUCAAUAAUGUGAGAAGAAUGACCUCCCAUCCCACGCUGCCAUACUACCUGACGGGGGCUCAGGACGGCAGCGUGCGUAUGUUCGAGUGGGGUCACUCCCAGCAGAUCAUCUGCUUCAGAAGUCCGGGCAACUCCAGAGUCACCAGGAUACGAUUCAACCACCAAGGAAACAAGUUUGGUAUUGUAGAUGCUGAUGGAGGUUUGAGUCUUUGGCAAACCAACACCAGUGGGAAUACACCCAAACCGUACCUGACUCUCCACUGCCACAACAAGACGGCUCACGACUUUGUCUUCGUGGGCUCUUCCUCCCUCAUCGCCACAGCAGGACUUUCAACAGACAACAGGAACGUGUGUCUGUGGGACACUCUGGUGACUCCUGCUAACAGCCUCGUACACGCUUUCUGCUGCCAUGAGUCUGGUGCCACCGUGCUCUCAGUGGCCCCCAGGCAGCAGCUGCUUAUCACAGGUGGGAGGAAGGGCUGGAUCAGCGUCUUGGAGCUGCCCCACAGGCAGCAGCGGCAGAGCUUCCAGGCCCAUGACUCACCAGUCAAAGCUCUGGCUGUCGAUCCAACCGAGGACUGCUUUAUCAGCGGAUCUGCAGAGGGCAACAUUAAGAUCUGGAGCCUGGCCACGCAGUGCGUCCUCCACACCUUUCCGAACGAGCACGCUCGCCAGUCGCUCUUCAGGAACCUCGGCACGGGCGUCAUGCAGAUAGAGGUGGGACCGGCCAAUCACAUCUUCUCCUGCGGCGCAGACGGGACCAUGAAGAUGAGGAUCCUCCCCAACCGCUUCAGCGUUGUGAACAACAACAACCACGGCAACCUCAAGAACGAUGUCAAGUUCAUCAUAUAGACGGAAAAAAAUGGGACGUUUAGUCAAACAAUGUGAAUUUUCUUUUCUUUUCUUUUUUUUUUUUUGAUUGAGCGUUCCUGGCACUAUCGCGGGGAAGUGAUGUCAUGUUUGAUCGGAAGGACGGAUUCAUUUUGGGGGAACGAGGCCACGACCCGGCGGCCGUGCAGUAAAAUGAUCUCACCUGCUGUGAUUCGUGUGUAACAUGAACCUAAAUGUGGCUUUAAAGCCGACCAGAUAUAUGAGCUUUUACAAGUGUUUUAAACUGUAGAAGAAGUGAGCACAGGGUAACGACUGAGGUCACGUUCAAUCUGAACAAACUGAAAAAGAAAAAAAGAAAACAAAAGCUGGAGAUUCUCCAGUACGACCGGCCUUCUUAGCGUCCACUGAACAGCACACAGAGAUUUUCUUUUUUUUGUUUGUUUUUGCACAGAAAGUGAAGCUAAAGCUGCAGCAUUGUUCUUCAUCUUCUACAGUAUCACCUUCUCUUUAGUUCAAAUGUGUAAUUGGGGCGUGAUAGUCGGAGCCCUCCUGGACCCAUUUGCCGCUGUGUGAGUGUGUGCGUGCAGUGCAUCCCUUCAGGUGUCUGGAAGUCGCCACACGUCGGCUGAACCCGCUCGAACGCCACGCAGCAGCAGCAUCAUCAUCAUCAGCAGCAUCAUCCUCCUACAAAGCACAUUACAUCCGGUCGCAGGGUUUCAUUCUGGGAAAUUAAAUGGACACAGAUUGCCACCAGCGCGCACGAGGAAACAGAGGGGCCGCGUGUUUCACUACCGGACGUCGGCUACAAGUGUUAUCGGGUCACACGUUGCAGCACAGGAAGAUGUUUUUUUCUUUCUUUUUUUUUUAUAAAUGUGGAAAUAAUAAACGCAUAUCUCUUAUAUUUAAAACAGCAGUUAGACAUUUCAGGGAACGUGCUCCUUCGCUUUCUGACGCCUUAGGUGGAAAACUAACACCUCUCUCAUGUUGGACCGGUGUUGGAGCCUCUGAAGUUCACAAGUUAACGUGUGCUUUACUAAUUCAAGAUUUUAGGCUUGCCAGGCCUCCGCCAUGAAUUUUCUUUUUUUUACACACAAACAACAACCUUAAUUAGUUCCGAGCAUUCGAGGUGUUGGUAGCGGACUGGGCCAGGCCUGGCUGAUUUAGCUAAGCUAACAGGACGCCGGCUCAUCUAAACUCUCCGUCAGAAGGCGAACGUGUCCCCAAACUAUCCCUGAAACUUAGGUAGAAGUGUGCGACUUGAGUUUCCAUGUGAGCCACUACUGCUCCUACUAAUUAAUGCACCAAGUCUCUCUGUAUUUGCACAUAAAGAUUAAGCUAAAUUAAAUGUAGGGUAUUGCAUAGCAGUGGCAGUCCCGGCCAUUGGUGGUAAGAUAAUAAUAUAUAGUGCGACGUUAGUUUAUCCCGGGCUAGAUUUAACCAGAGGUAUUAUUAUUAUCAUUAUUAAGUGUCCUUACUCCUGCCGAGCCGGCAAAGUACUAGUACUGCUAGUGUUGAUUAUUACUGAUAGUUGCACAAAGUAGCUUUAAUAACUUCUUAAAGAGGCCCUCGUUGCUAUGGGAUACCACAGGUAAUACCUUUUGUUUUUUUGUUUUUUUUGAAGUAUGAAGCAUAUGAACAUGUAGCAGGAAACUUUGCUGUCGACAAUGGAGAGGGUGUUCUGGGUGGGGAGUGAGUAUUAAUGGAGAUUCUGUUGUGAAUAUGUUUUAUUGCAGAAAUGACAAUGUUGUUGUUUUUUUUGGAUGAUUGACAACUGCCUUGGAAACAAUACUGUUUGCCUUGUAGUUUUGUUAAUUUUAUUAGCAGACUUGCUUCGCCUGGUUUGCUUUCAGUUCCUUUGUCAUUUAGUGAUUUUUGACAUUCAGAUUUUUAUUUUAUUUUAUAUAUAUCUAUAUAUAUAUAUAGAUAUAUAUAUAUAAUCCAAAUGCAGCAUAAUGCCUUCAGUACAUGCUUGGGUAAAAUCGAUUGGUGUAUAAUAUGAUGCGUCUUCCACUUGAAUAAGGAAGGGGUUUGUGCAAACUGUCCCAUAGCGAGUUGAAUCCAUCGGAUUUAUUGGACCUUUUUGAGCUGCUGUAGAGGAACAGAUGUGUAUUCGCUUUGGUUUCAGGACGAUUGAACUGAAGAAAAGGAUAAAAAACAAAAAAAAAGAAGAAGUGUUUAGAUGAAACAGGUUUGUUGCAGUUAUGUAUAUACAUAGAAUCCAUAAACUAAGCUUCUCAUCAUACCUGCGUCACACAAACCUAGCUGUAGAUGAGCAGUUGGUAACGACUAAAAGCCACUUUAUGAAGAAUUAUCUUUCUGUACAAAGGCAUAUAUUUAUGAAACAUGUUCAUAUUUAGGAAUAUAUACGGAUUGAUCAAAAGGCCGAUGCAAUCUUAAUUUCUCUCUCUUCUUUCGUCCUUGUUGUUCUUUCUUUUUUUUUCUGAUGUGAGCUUGAAAAAAAAAAAUCACUUUUUUUUGUUUGUUUUCCUCCACACAUCAAAGUGGUCAGGAAAUCCCUGUGUACUCGCGCAGCAACUGGAGAAUAAAAAUCAGUUUCCUCAAAAGCCAGACGAUGUGCACUUCUGCACACACUGGAGGAUAAAGUCUUUUUUUAUUAUAAUUAUUAUUAUUUAAAUUGAGUACUGCUUAUUUUCCUUUUAAUGGCUUGCAUCCUAAACAGAUCAGUUUAACCGGGGCUUAAUCUCGAAGAACCAAACUAUUACCUUCAACUGCUUUUUUUUUCUUCCCCUUCUUUAAUCUUGCAAAUGUGAAUCUGAUCAGAUAAUUCUAAUUUUAUAAUGAAGAUAUUGUGUAAAUCAUUGUAUUAUAUACAGAAGAUGUACUGAUGGAAUAAAAGAGUUAUGUAACAUAA